AUGUCGCAGGAGGCUGUAAUGAUCGCGUAAUACCUUUUUUGCUAAAUCAUGAAUGAUUUUUAAGUGUCGACAACAGCGACUUUAUGCGAAACGGCGACUUUGCUCCUACAAGGCUUCAAGCACAGAAUGAUGCUGUCAGCUUGUUGUGCCAAGUGAAACGCCAAGCAAAUCCAGAAAAUACCGUCGGCCUCAUUUCCUUGGCUAACACAGAGGUCUUGUGCACCCUUACUAGUGAUAUGAGCAGAAUAUACAAUCGUCUUCACCUUAUUCAGCCAAAGGGUGGGAUUAGCUUUUGUACGUCAGUGCGCAUCGCUCACCUUGCGCUCCGGCACCGGCAGCUCCGCCACCAGAAAAUGCGCAUUGUUUGCUUUAUCGGAAGUCCUAUUGAAGACGAUGAGAAGGAUGUUAGUUUUAAUUUCCAUCUUUAUGAUUUUAGAUGAUUAAAUUGGCCAAGCGUCUAAAGAAGGAGAAAGUCAAUAUCGACAUAGUUAAUUUUGGGGAAGACGAAGUCAACCAAAAAAAGCUUCUCGAAUUCAUCGAUGCCGUCAACGGCAAAGACGGCACAGGCUCACAUCUUGUCACCGUGCCUCCAGGUACCGUGCUUCAUGAAUCGCUCGUCACGAGUCCGAUCAUUGCUGGGGAGGAUGGCGGCGGUGCACUGGCUGGGUCAGGAUUGGGCCUGGAAUUUGGCUUAGAUGCAGCCGAAGAUCCAGAUCUACUUUACGCUUUGAGGGUUUCAAUGGAAGACCAACGUAUGCGCCAAGAGCAGGAGGCAAACGUCACGGGUGGGACUGCACCUGUUGCUUCUGCCACUCUUCCAGGAGUGUCUGGCACUUCGGAGGAGGCUUUGCUUCGCCAGGCGCUGGCGAUGUCUAUGCAAGUUGAUCCAGCAAAUAUAGAUCCAUCCCCGAUUGACUUGGCCAACAUGUCAGAAGAAGAUCAGAUUGCGUACGCAAUUCAGAUGUCGAUGCAAACACAGGAACCUGAAAAGAAGCCUGAUGACAAACCAGGGACCCCAGUAAGACUGUACCGGUUUUGCCUCAUCACUUUAUACUUUUAUCCGUAAGCAUUCAAAUGCUGAGUAGAUAUAACCCCAAAGUUACUGAUAUCUUGCCGGGAACAUAGGGUGGUACGUAAGCUACUCAUUUCUCUCCACUAGAACGUGCUACGGAUUGUACCAGACAUCGCUUUUUACUGUUGGUCCUGUCUGCAAGAUGAAAAUUGAUCAAUAGGAGUACUGUUGCCGUGUUCUUCAUGGGCACUAGUGGUGCCAUUGUCCUUGUGAACUUUAGCAGAUCUUGCAGCUGAACUCCUCUUAUCACCAAUCCCAUAUACUGAAUUUUCCAUAUAAAUUAGUGCGGAACUAUGCUGCAAAAGUCGGGGUCCUAGAGAGCAAGAGAGGGAAGGCAUUGGAUCGCCCAACAUCGUCAGUGAGAUUGCAGGGACUCCGCCUAUCGGGACUUGACUGAGAAACAUCAUUUCAUGUCGACAGUAUGGAAGAUGUCUAGUUUUCAAGCAAAUUCGAUUGCUUAUCUGUCAUGUCGGGCGAAAGGGCAAUGUUUUUACCCUGAUAUACAUCUUUCGUGCCAGGUUAGGCCAGUCAGGAUUCUGUGUUAGACGGCAUCCAAUUUACCUGACUAGCGGAGAUCAUAAGGACACUGUUGGAUGGGCAGAAUCUUACCGGUCUUUGACAUCUAAUAGCACUGAUUAGGCAACUUGCAAGAUGUGCUCUGUGUAAGCUCAUUAAAUUCAGCUCUCGUAAGCCCUCGCCAUUUUUCGUUCAUUGUUAUUGAUGUCAAGAUCGGCUCCCGUAAUUAAGAUGCCCGCUGUCCACUGACAAUAUGGUGACAUGUAGUUACGAGCUUCUCCCAUUUGAAGAUUUUUUAGAUGGUGCCUGCAUGAAUGUCUCUGCUCUGCAACCUUCAAGCUGUUGUUUGCGUGCCGAUCUAGUUUCCUAAGCAACUGUCUUCUGGGGAGGACAGUGAGUCUCACCAGCUAUUGUAAAAUAAUACACGACUUUCUAGAAAAUAGCAUCCUUGGUCUAUAGGUCGAGCCGUCAGUAGGAUUUUGCACAGCACGAGGGCGCUUUUUGUUUCUCAUAUGUGUGGAUCAACUAGCUUACUCAUGUAGUUGUAUUGAAAUCAUAACGGGCUAAGCCGGCUCAUUACAUCACGAUUGUUCACCCCCUGUUGCAGUUUGUCGACGACUGACUUCUAUGGACACCUAAGCCAUUUGGCAUGGCAGCCUGACUACCGCGCGAACCGACAUGCACUGUAGCCCUUCCUACUAUGACCACCAACAUUUUCAGUUGUUCACCUCGGCACCAUUAUCAGUCAAGCUCUGGCUCAAGAUAUGCUCUGACCUGAACGGUCUUGCUUUAAGACCCAUAUAAUCUGAGUUGGUGUGUAAGGAGGGCGUAGAUCUGCGGUAGUCGUUCAUUCAAGGCGCGAUCACAGCAAAAAAUCGGAGUGAAAGCGCCAUCGAUCGAAUAACUCCAGAAGAUGGACGCAUUCUGUCUUAUGGCCGUACAGAGGGAUUAUCUUGAUAGAGACUGUACAUUCAUUGCCUUGUCUUCCAGUUUGUCUCGUUGACGCCAUAGGCUUCGAAGAAGUCUGGCAAGGUCCGCGCACCUUGUUGGCCCAUUUUGGUGAGACGUAUGAAUCGAGGUAACUGAGACCGUCUGCUAACCCAAGAGUUUCACCGUCUAGCCGCAUAAAUGUCGACGACAAAGCCGCCAACAGUCAUCUCUGUUUAAAAAGUGGUUUUGAAGACCAUUCCUUCUGUCUUCGCACUUACCCGGUACAGCGCGUUGUCCUGCAAAGAACUCGACACCGUGACGUCAGCGUAGUCAUGGUCUGCAAUGCGCGGGUCACGACGUACUGCAACACUGCGGCAGGUUGCUGGAACAUGUUGAAGGAAGUAACUUAUGCCGUAAUUUAGCGGUAUAGUUUAGAGAACGCAACCCUGACACACCGAAAUUAAAUCAGCCUGUAUCACCCUGGUGCAGAAGUCAUGACAAAGAUCAAGUUGAUACACUUGCAUUUCUUGGCUGUUCAGGGUUUCGAUACAAUUUCAUUCCUUAGUCCUUUGCCUAGCCUUCGGGUGGGACUUCCAACUGAGAGAGCCGUGGCAGAAAAGAACUUAUCUGCUGGUGAUCAUGUUCGUUAGGUCUUAGUGUCAUCACUGGAUUCUGACAUUCCUUCGCCCUCCCCCCCCCCAAGCUCGGUGUUUCCACCUUCGGUCCGUCGCCAUUGCCCAUCAGGGGGAAGGGGGGCUUUGAGGAGGGGUUCAAUUCAAAACUUAACACAGUUAGUCAGGACAUGAAGAUGCUUCUGAAUUUGUUCUCCGCCUCUGCAAGAAGGAGUAGGUCGAGCUCUCACGAUUAGUUGCCGCAGAUCUUCAGGCGUGGAGAAACAGUUCGCGUUAUCAUCGAGGCCGGCCAGAUCAGACAUGACCGCGGCUUUACCAAGCAAGCAACUCGGAAACUUUCUUGUGUAGUUGGUCUACGGGACCUGAACUCGAAUCCUGUUGGUACCGGUUCGCACUGCCAAUUUUGUUGUUUACUUUCACUGAAGGCCAUUACUUAAGUAGCAUGAAUUUUUCUCAUUGAUUUUCGAUGCCCCUAAAAGUCCAAUUAUAUUUCAUGGAAACAUAUUCUUUCUUACGCUCAGUCGGUGGAAAAUUGCGUCUACUUCCAAUUUUAUACUCAAAGGAGGGACAUAAUUGGGUUUUUAAAAAGUUUUCCAAUUCCCGAAUAAUUUUGAACUCGCUCUACCUUCACACGUUGAUUCAGGGUCUCCAAACUACAAGCCGUGUGCUUUGCGCGUACGGAAAACCACACAUUUCUCUGCGGUAAUAAAGGGGGACCAUAUAGGGUUCAUAAAAUUAAGCAGUGGAUUUGAUCCAUAUUGUUAACUUUACAAGCCGCGUUGGUAAAUGCAGAGAUAUGGCAAUUUAUGAACGGCCAUUUCACUGUAUUUAAAGGUCGCACAGUUAGAAACUUAAAAACCGAAUUAUGUCCCUCCAUGGAGUAUAAAAUUAGAAGAAGACGUAAUUUUCUACCGAACGAGCGUAAGAAUGAGUAUUUUUUAUGCAUUUCUUCCAUGAGAUAUAGUUGGACUUUUAGGGGCAUCGAAAAUCAAUGAGAAAAAUUCAUGCUACUCAAGUAGCCAUUCUUUGCAGUGUAGUUUUUGCAUGCAGCCGGAGGAAAGUUCAUUCGAAAGCCGGUAUCCUGAGGUAACUGAAAUAUUGUAUAAUUAUGUUGCAGGCUGACUAGUUUUACAACCCUGCUUAAUUAAUCUUUUCGAAACGAAAACGCAUUUGGGAAUUUCGGUCGACAUUUCAUGAGUUAGCCCACCUACUAUAUUUCUCGUCUCCACCUCUUCCAGUCCCUUAAUUAUUUUUUUUGCGAUUUCGAAGUAGGCAUGAAGCCAGUGGUUUUCGAUUUCCAGAAACAAGAGCUGACAAAAUUCCUCGAAUUCAUUUUAGAGCCUCGUUUGCUAUUGUCUUUAUUUUGACACAGGAUACAAGCGAAAUAUUUCACAGCUGUAUUGGAAAUUCAUUACACAUAGUUGACAAAAAGUGCAUUUUGAGACAUUGAGAGUGAUGCAAUCUAGCGUCUCAUUGCUACCCAUCCCGACAACUUCCGCCUGUCGUCCGACAGUAUAUCCCAAAUUCGAAUGUUUUGUAAAUGACAGCUUGUACUUUCAUCCGAUUACGGAUCAGCCUCUCGACCCGUCCCGCGGUCACCAAGGGCCUUUUGUGCCGAUGGUGCCCUAGUGACCUAGAGCACCCGGGCUUUUUACUUCAAGUGACGAGUGACAAUUUCUAUUUUUUUUCAGAACAACAAUAGCAAUAUAACGAAAAUGGACACCGAUGAAGCCCUGCCACCCACUCCGAUUUCUCAGCAAUCUGGUAACAGCGGAACACUAGCCUCUGUUGUGGACACUAUAAUGAACCGAGGCGCAGAAUCUCAACCAGAUGACAAAAAACUGGAGGCAGAUUAUGAACCCGAAUUUCUGCAGAGCGUCCUCGAGACUCUACCGGGUGUCGAUCCGCAGCACGAAGACGUCCGUAAGGCCAUAGAAUCCUUAACUGGGAAGCCGGUCAAACCGUCCGAGAAAAAAGAUCCUCCUGAAAGUGGUGAAGGGCAGAAUUAA